GCCCAAAUUCUGAAACGUUCCUCACCUUAACAAGGAAUCCUUCAUUGAUUCUAGGACGCCCUACGUCAAUUCUCAAAGCUUCCUUAUUGAGGCGCCAUCAAUGAAGGGUUCCUUGGUUAGUCAUCUCCGUAAGGCAGCGCGCUCGGUACCUUCGUGACUCCUUUCCUCGCUCCUGUCCCUGAACGAGCGCUCGCCCGCAAUGCUUCCCCACGUGAUGUCCGCCUGCGCAAGCGCAGUGUCGCCUUCUGUUGACGCGAGCAGCUGAGGGCGCGGAGUACUGCGUUUUCGCACGAAGAUGGCGGCUUCGAAUAGGUCGGCGGCAGACAGCAGCCUGGAAGACUUCGCGCGAUUUUUAAGCCGUGCCUGCGACUUUGUCUUCGGGGAUGUAUACGCAUAUUCCCCAAGAGUGAGGUGCCUUCGGGACAAGGUGAACCCCAUGGAAGUGUACUCGGACGAGGAGUUCCUUUUCAGAUUCCGGUUCUCGAAAACGUCCGUGCUCACGAUGAUGUCCGACUUACAACUACAAGACAACACGGAUGGAAGAGGGACGCCGCUUCCAGCGUUGUUGAAGUUAUUGAUCACACUGCGAUUUUUCGGCUCUGGUGCAAUGCAGACAGUUGUAGGUGACCUGGUCAAUGUGUCGCAGCCAUCGGUGUCGCGGUGCAUAUGGGAGACGACGCAGGCCGUGUGUUUACGGCUUUUCCCGAAAUAUGUGCGCCAUCCUGACGCUCAAGAAGCAACAUCGUUGAUGACCCGCUUUCACAACAUCGGCGGAUUUCCUGGUGUGACUGGAUGCAUCGACUGCACGCACGUGCCAAUUGACAGUCCGGGUGGGGAUGACGCCGAGGUGUACCGGAAUCGGAAGGGAUACUUCUCUAUUAAUGUGCAGGCUGUCACCGGACCAGAGUUACAGUUUCUGGAUGUAGUUGCAAGUUGGCCUGGAUCGGUUCAUGACAGCUGCAUAUUCUCGAACAGUAGAGUGAUGGUGCUUUACGAGCAAAAAGCUGUGCCAGGCAUUCUUCUGGGCGACCAAGGUUAUGCCUGCCUGCCAUAUCUGAUGCCACCACUCAGAAACCCCCGCACAGCUGCAGAAAAGAGGUACAACACUAGUCAUAUCAAGACCAGGAACACCGUGGAAAGGGCUUUCGGAGUGUGGAAGAGACGCUUCCCAUGCCUGCGGACAAAACUGCUCACAGACACUCCCCGGUCUGUUGCCAUCAUUACAGCUUGUGCAGCCCUGCACAAUGUUGCAUAUGGAAUGCGGGAGCCCUGUCCAGUGUCCAUUGAUGAAGUUGAUGACUCAAGUUCAAUAGACGACCAAAGUCAAAAUGAAUCUGGCACUUUACUGGGCACACAAUUGCGCAGCCGCCUCAUCCAACGAUGUUUUUCUUCUAGGCAUACAGAUGAUGACGCAGCCUCCUCAUGAAGGU